CACCACCAUUUGGAGUCUCAAAACUUAAAACACACAAAAUAUGUCAAGAAAAUUGCUACUUCACAUCCCUAUACCUUCCCAACCACCGUCUCUUCCACCCUCAGCGGCCGCCGCGGCCACUGGAAGUAGCUUCGACGCCAAUGCCCUAGUGGUCCUAUCGGUCCUCGUAUGUGCCCUAAUUUGCUCUCUAGCCUUAAACUACAUCAUAAGAUUUAUGCUAGGAUCUUGUACAUAUUUCUUAAGAGGCAACUCCUCAGCUAAGCUACCCAGCAUAGGCAUCAAUCCAAAGGCAUUGAAAACAUUUCCAAUAGUGAAAUACAAUGCAGAACAACCUGCAGGGUUGGACAGUGAGUGUGUGAUAUGCUUGUCGGAGUUCGGAUCGGGUGAGCGGGUUCGGAUCUUGCCCAAAUGCAACCAUGGGUUUCAUGUCAUAUGUAUUGAUAGGUGGCUUAAGUCCCAUUCUUCAUGCCCUACUUGUAGGCAGUGUCUCAUCAAGACAUGCCAAAAGAUUGUUGAUUGUAGCCAAACUACUCGCUCCUCAGAUCAAUUGCAACAGAGUAUUGUGAACAUUAUGCCGCUUGAACCUGAAGGUAUAAUUACCAAUCGGCGUGAAGUCACUGUCGCGAUUCAAUUCAUGGAAACUGUCUCUCCAACGAUAUCAUGACCUUUCUUAUCGGUAUUUGAAUAGUUUGGCAUAUUUUUUAUAUCUUGUAAUUAAGUGGUUUAGUGUUGGGUUUUGUUUUCAUUUUUGCUAUGUAAUUUUCCCUUCUUUGGUCUUGUAUCAAGGCAAGAAACUCUCCAAGAGAGCUUGAUCACUAAUGUUAUGGGAGAAUUUUUUUUAAAAAAAAAAAACCAACAAUUUUUGCUUCCUCUAUGAAAAUGUCAUGAAUUUAUAUAUGUACCAAGAAAUCAGAAGCA